AUGAAAAAGCAGCAAAAGCAUGAGUUUGUAAAAAGUGAAGGAUACGUCUGGAAUCAAGUGUUUAAUUGCAAUGAGACCGGUCUUUUUUGGAAGAGACUGCCUAGACAAACGUACAUAACCCAAGAAGAGAAAGCACUUCCCGGGCACAAGCCCAUGAAGGACAGACUCACUCUUUUAUUUUGCGUUAAUGCAAGUAGUGACCUCAAAAUCAAGCCACUUUUAGUCUACAAUGCUGAAAAUCCCCGUGCUUUUAAGAGCAAAAUUGUGAUAAAGUCCAAACUGCCCAUACAAUGGAAGGCAAAUAGUAAGGCAUGGGUAACGCGGACUUUAUUCACGGAUUGGCCCACAGAAGUGUUUGCUCCUACUGUUAAAAAUUAUCUUCAGGAAAUGGAUCUUCCUCUUAGAUGUCUUCUCUUAAUGGUUAAUGCUCCAGCACAUCCACCAAAUUUGGAGGACGACUUGGAUAGUAAACAUGACUUCAUCAAGGUCAAAUUCCUUCCACCCAACACAACUCCAUUACUGCAACCAAUGGAUCAGCAAGUGAUUUCCAAUUUUAAAAAGCUGUAUACCAAGGCACUGUUUACCAUGUGUUUUCAGGUUACCAAUGAUACUGUCUUAACUCUUAGAGCUUUUUGGAAGGAGCAUUUUAACAUCCUGCAUUGUAUCAACCUUAUUGACAUCUCUCACUGCACUUUGCAAUUGGCUUGGAGGAAACUUUGGCCAACUUGUGUCCCAGAGCAAAACUUUUAG